UUUAUUUAACAGUCUUUUCUUUCUCUUUAACAGUCGCAAGCAACCCAAGACCUUCGCCUUCGACCACUGCUUCGACUCACUGUCCAGCGAGAGCCCUUCGUUCGCCUCGCAGGAGACGGUGUUCACGGCCGUCGGGCAUGACAUCCUCAACAAUGCCUUCACCGGCUACAACGCUUGCAUCUUCGCCUACGGUCAGACGGGGUCGGGCAAGUCGUACACCAUGAUGGGCGCAGCGGACCAGAAGGGCCUCAUCCCGCGCCUCUGUGACACGCUCUUCGAGAGGAUCGCCGCCAACACCACCCCGCACGCAUGCAGCCACAAGGUCGAGGUGUCCUACAUGGAGAUAUACAACGAGAAGGUGCAUGACUUGCUGGACCCCAAAGGCUCCCGACAAACGCUGAAGGUGCGCGAACACAACAUCCUUGGACCUUACGUGGACGGCCUCUCCCUGCUGGCCGUGUCCUCCUAUGAGGAGAUCGAACAGCUGAUCGAGGAGGGCAACAAGGCGCGCACCGUGGCGGCCACCAACAUGAACAGCGAGUCGUCGAGGUCACACGCGGUCUUCACGGUCAUCCUCACCCAGACUGUGACCGAUGUGGCUUCGGGAGUGUCAGGAGAAAAGGUGUCCAAAAUGUCCCUGGUUGACUUGGCGGGGUCCGAGCGAGCGGUGAAGACUGGCGCCGUCGGGGAUCGGCUCAAGGAAGGCUCCAACAUCAACAAGUCCCUGACAACCCUGGGUCUGGUCAUCUCCAAGUUAGCAGAUCAGGCGGUGGGGAAGGCGAGGAGCAAAGGUGACAACUUUGUUCCCUACAGAGACUCUGUCCUCACCUGGCUGCUCAAAGACAACCUUGGAGGCAAUAGUCGAACAGUCAUGGUGGCGACUGUGUCUCCAGCAGCUGAUAACUUUGAAGAAACUCUCUCAACACUUAGGUAUGCUGACCGGGCAAAGAGAAUCGUCAACCAUGCUGUUGUCAAUGAAGAUCCGAAUGCCAAAAUCAUUCGUGAACUACGUGAGGAAGUUGAAACCUUACGAACACAAUUACAGUCACUGCGGCAGAUGACAAGAGAUGGUCCAGGAUCUUUACAAGAAGAGGAAAGUCUUAAUGAAAAACUUCAUGAAAGUGAAAAGCUCAUCACAAACCUUUCAGAAACCUGGGAAAACAAGCUCAAAAAGACUGAGCGAGUGCAGCAGGAGAGGCAGCAAGCUCUGGAGAAAAUGGGCAUCAGUGUGCAGGCGUCUGGGAUAAGUGUGGAGAAAAACAAAUAUUAUUUAGUCAACUUAAAUGCAGAUCCAUCACUCAAUGAAAUGCUUGUCUACUAUCUGAAGGACCGUACAUUGGUGGGCCGUCCUGAUGCUGGCAGUGAACCCAAUGACAUCCAGCUCUCUGGGGUGGGCAUUGAAACACACCACAGUGUCCUCAGCAUUGAGAACUCCGACCUGUUCAUUGAGCCGUACCCCAAUGCCCGAACAUGUGUCAAUGGGUCACAGGUCACAGAGAAGCUACAGCUGCGACAUGGAGACCGAAUAUUGUGGGGAUUCAAUUACUUCUUCCGUGUCAACUGUCCAAAAACUAGUGUUGGCGGGAGCAACUCUGAGCCACAAACACCUGCCCAGCCCAUUGACUACAACUUUGCCCGGGAGGAGUUGAUGCUGAAGGAGCUGAGCAACGACCCCAUCCAGGCGGCCAUUCAGAACCUGGAGCGCCAGCACGAGGAGGACAAACAGAUGGCCCUGGAAAAGCAGCGGCAAGAAUACGAGAAGCAGUUCCAGCAGCUGAGAAACAUUUUGUCCCCAACAACACCCUAUGCUCCCUACAUGCCUUUUGACCCCCUGAGAGGCACGAAGAUGACCCCGUCCACGCCCACCUCACAGCUGCGAAUAGAACGUUGGGCCCAAGAAAGAGAGGACAUCCUCGAGCACAGUUCCAUUUUGUACCCUGGCAGAGAGGACACUUUCCGGCGCAGUUUGGCUCACCUCAGGCAGGACAUCAUGAAGGCGAACACCUUGGUGAGGGAGGCAAAUAUAUUUGCUGAUGAAAUGGGAAAACAGACAACCUUCGGGGUAACUCUGCAGAUUCCCCCGCAGAAUCUGUCUCCCAACCGCAAGAGGUCUGCAUUUGUUAGUGAGCCAGCAAUUCUAGUCAAGAGGAAAGGAAAGCCCAAUCAGGUUUGGUCCAUGGAGAAGCUGGAGCACAAAUUGAUUGUCAUGAGGGAAAUGUAUGAUGAGCAGCAGAAUAACCCACUUGCUGAAUGUCCAUCUGGUGACCCUUUCUAUGAGAGUCAAGAAAAUCACAACUUAAUUGGAGUUGCCAACAUCUUCCUUGACUGUUUAUUUCAUGAUGUUCGGCUAAAUUAUCAUGUUCCAAUCAUAUCACAGCAAGGAGAAGUGGCAGGAAGAUUACAGGUUGAAAUAUGUCGCACAGCUGGCCAGUUUCCUCAAGAGAGGUUUGCAGAUACACUGUCUGAGUCUUCUAGUGAUUCUGCCCAGAGCAGGGAGGAUGAAGAUAUGCAGAAUAGUUCAGUAACUGUUCGGGUCUCCAUCAGGCAAGCAGCUGGUCUUCCUCCCUCCUUGUCCAACUUUGUCUUUUGUCAGUACCAGUUCUGGGGUCAAAAUGAAGGAGAAGUUGUAGCUCCAGUUGUCAAUAAUGAGUACCCAACAGCUUCAUCAUCAAAAGAUUCUAUUACAUUUAAGUUUGAACACACCAAAGACUAUACGGUGUUAAUAACCGAAGACUUCAUGGAGCACUGUACCGAUGGGGCUCUCUCCAUUGAGGUGUGGGGGCACAGAUCAGCUGGCUUUGGCUUAGCUCGAACAGGCUGGGAAGUUGAUCAACAGCUGGCAAAGGCACGGUCACUUGUAGAUAGGUGGAAUGAACUGACACGAAAGAUUGAGAUGUGGGUUGAGAUCCAGGAGCUUGGAGAGUGUGGAGACUAUGUAUCCGUGGAAGUGACUCCACAGAAAGAUGUACUAACAGGAGGUGUGUACCAACUGCGGCAAGGACAGCAGCGAAGAAUUGUGUGCAGGGUGAAGCCGGUGUCCAACUCCGGGACUCUGCCACUCAUCUGUGAAGCAAUCACCAACAUCAGCAUUGGGUCUGUGUGUGGGCGUCUGAGGUGCCAGAAGCAGCUGGAUUCUUACACAGAGGAAGAUCUCAACAUCCUGCGGGAGAGGUGGAGUGAGGCGUUGAAGAGAAGAAGAAUGUAUCUAGACCAACAGAUUCAGAAAAUAAUAAACAAAGGAGACAAGAAUGAGGUUGAUGCAGAGAGAGAACAGUCAUUGGUGGACCAGUGGGUCAGCCUCACAGAGGAGCGGAAUGCUGUCCUGGUUCCUGCCGCUGGCUCCAGCAUCCCUGGAGCACCAGCUGACUGGGAUCCUCCAACAGGGAUGGAAGCCCAUGUUCCAGUUCUAUUUCUAGAUCUCAAUGCGGAUGACUUCUCAACCCAAGGAUACGGUGGUGACAGCUUGACCCUGGCUGGGAACAAUGCAAUAAUACCCAAGGAAAACUGCAACAAGUUCUUCCAGUUGCCCUUUGUUAAGUGCUAUGAAAAGGAUGUGUGUGCAGUAGCCUCUUGGGACUCAUCCAUCCAUGACAACAUGUACCUCAAUAGACUCACUCCAAGUGAUGAGAGAGUCUACCUUAUUGUGAAAGCUGUGGUCAGAUUGUCUCAUCCAGCAGCAAUGGACCUUGUUCUUAGGAAACGGCUUGCUGUUAAUAUAUAUAAAAAACAGUCACUAACAAGCAAAUUUGUAAAGUCAAUAAUUGGUUCAGUCAAUACCAUGUAUGAAACAGGAAUCAUGUAUGAAGUUGUGUCAAAUAUUCCUAAGGCAAGUGAAGAAUUAGAAGAACGAGAGUCCCUUGCUCAGUUGGCAGCAAAUGUAGAUGAUUCUCAUGCUGAAGAUGGAGAAACAUACAUAGAAAAAUACACAAAAGGUGUUACAUCGGUAGAAUCCAUCUUGAUGCUUGAUAGGUUACGACAGAAUGUUGCUGUAAAAGAAUUGCUUCAGUCUGCUGGCCGUCCCCUCAUGAGGAAGACUGCAUCCGUCCCUAACUUUUCUCAUGAAGUUGGUUGUGAUAGAGAGACAGGAUUAGCUAAGGCUGCACCACCUCAACGGGGACGGCAGGAAGAGGGAGGUUUGAUCUUGCAGCUCCAGAAACGCUUGAGGACUAACCUAGAGCUGUUUGGCAGUCUUGAGGCUGGCCUUGAUGGAGUGACUCGAUCAGGUAGUGUAAUGGACCUCAAUGCUCAGCUGACCACAACAUCACAGAACAACCUUGACAAAAGCAAGCAUCGGUACUCCUUGCCGGGCCCCAGUGAGAGGCCAUUUGGCUUGUCUCGACCUACGUUCCUCAAUUUGAACCUCAACCUCAACUCUAUAAGACUUCAGGGAUCAACUCCUGCAAAGUCUGUCACUGCAGCCUCACCAAGUCCUGGGCCCAUGAAGAUGACACCCAGGAUGACGACACUGCAUGAGGAAAACACUCGUGAGGCAGCACCACUAUUGCACAUGGAAGAAGAGGAGGAAGAGGAAGAAGAGGAAGAACAGCCAGAGAUGGAGCAAGAGGAAGAACAUGAGAAUGGGGGUGGAAUUGAUGCUACCAGAAGAACAAAUGGUGAGGAAUUCAACGAAUUUACUUCCUACCGAAGCAGCGGCCUUGCUGGUGGAAGACUGCAACUCACUCAGAGUCGAACAUUAGAUUCUUUAAAUGAAGUGGCUGCCACCAAAGUGGGUACUCCAUCUACAGUAUCAAGUGGCUACGGGUCUGGUGCAGUUUCAUCAACCACUUUGAGUGAAGAUUCAUUGUCAAUGCGAAGUGUUAGUGUGGAUGAGACUCCAGAUAAGGAUGUGCCAGCAUGCCAUGCAAUGAUGGAUAUAUCAACGAUAAGCUCUGGUGAAAGCGACUCAAGUGAUACAAAGACGGUGAUCAAUCAGCAACUAGAAGGCUUCAGCUCCACAGAGUCAGCAGAUACUACUAAUUCACACCUUGUUAAUGUGAAGCCAGAAAAAGAACUAAAAAUCAUUGAAGAUGAAGAAAAAGAAAGCUGCUUAGCCGAGACUCUGAAAUCAAUAAACAACACUUCUACAAAAUAUCGAUCUUCAUCCAAUACAAACUCUUUACUGCCUGAAUCUGAGAGUCCACUUUCUCCACUCUCCUCUUCCUCCUCCACCUCAUCACUGACUAUGACUGUUAGCUCAGAUGUAGUCAUGAGACGUGGUGGUGCCGGCAGGAAGAAUCCCACCCAUCGAAUGUCUUUCCCAUUGGCUCAGUCUCAAGUGGCCAUGGCUGACUCUCACAUAAUGAAUGGCACCUCACCUGCAUCAUCCUCUGAAUAUGUUGCAGAUCUCGAUAAGAGCUCCAGCACCAAGCCUCUGGCUCCACUACCAGACUGGUGUGAAGUUGGAGAAAGCAUUCAGAUCAGACCCUACAAUUACUCCGGAGUUGUUGCUUAUAUUGGUCACACAGAAUUUGCUCCAGGAACAUGGAUUGGAGUAGAGUUGGAUGUCCCUAUGGGCAAAAAUGAUGGCUCAGUGAAUGGGGUACGGUACUUCGCAUGCCGCCCCAAGUGUGGCAUGUUUGUGAAACCAGAAAAGCUGUCUCUGGACCGGCGGGGCAGAGCAAUGCGGGCUGCACGUACCAAUGGCAGUGAACAUAGUCUUGGAGACAUGAAACGAUCUCGAUCCACAGCAGAGAAGCUCAGUGAUGUGGGCAUUAGGAGAAGCACUAGUAAAAGUGAAGGAUUGAAUAACAUGAGAAGGUCCAAGAGUCGAGCAGAGGGCCUCUCUUCAUUAUCUGAUCGCUCAAAGGCAACAACUACUCGUAAUCGAAAAUAGAAGACUUACCACAGUGUUGCCCAAAGUACCAAGGCUGCUAUAUACAGGGUGCAAUACAAGGAAGUGUGUGUGCCAAUGGAGUAUACCAAAUGUUUUGCUUAUAAACGUUGCUUCUCUUAUAAUGUUUAACUGAUUAGAUCAGUAACAUUGAGCAGAAACAAACCUGACAAGUGCACAACAUUGAGAGCAGCCCUGCCCUAUACUUCCACCAAGUGUUACCCCGCGAACACGUCCCGUCGUCCCUCCAUUGUGAGAUCCUCGUCUAUGGUAGCAAUAGUCUGUACUUACCUGCUUCCAGAUUUAGGCACUUUCCUGCUGAAUGAAAAUUUUUUAUUUUAUCAUAAAAGAAUUUUAAUAAAAUUAUUUUAUCUAAUUUAAAAAAAUGUUCAGCUUUUUUGAUACAUAAAACUUCUUUAAUUAGAACUUUCAGCUCAAGAAAAUGAUUAUUUCAUCAGAAUCUUAGCCAUAAGUACUAAAAGGAAAUUCAACUUUCCAGUGACCAAAGGCUAGCCAAAAUAAGGUUUUGUAUUACGACAAUGUGGAUGAUAUGAUGUAUACAGUAUGUGAGAAAUUUUACUUUGAGGCAUAUUUAAGCCCAGCUUAAAUGUUGCAAUUGGUAGCAUGGAUUAUGAUAUUGGCUUUAUAUGUGCAUAGGAAUCAUUGGGCAUAGGAACAGUCUUCAAUAAAAAUGGAUUACCUUGUAAUGCAGAUAUAUGCUUUUGACACACACGGUGUAAUACAAGUUUUUUUCAUUCCUUAAUUGGUUGCUGAUCAAGUAUUGUAACUAUUUUAACUUGUAUUUCCAAAGAUUAUGUGAUGCCUUGGCACUUUGAUUGUAUAUAAUACACUGAAUUCAUUGCAAGUCAUUUUGUUGCCAUAUCUUUUAGUUGUACAGUUUACUUUUAAGUCUGUAAAAUUGUGAUUAUAUUAUUUAUAGUAAUAUUAGAGUAUGUACACAUAUACAUAUACUUAUAUAUAUAUAAAAGCAUAUAUAAAUAAAGAAAAUGAUUUCUGUAAAUUAUG